AAUGGAGAAGGCGAAUGAAGCGGCAGUUUUUUAGCAAAGACUAUAAAUGAAAGACAGCAAUUCCACUGACAUUUCAAACAAACAAACCCAAAAAAAAAAAUCCUUCGAAGAAAUUUCCGUUGUUGCCCAUAAUUUCAUUAACAAAACAAUUUUUCGUUUUCGAUUCUUUGAAAACAUACAAUCACAGCUACUCAAGGCGGUGGCUACGUUUCAAACCACAACAUCGGCAUCCCACUUCCUCUUUUAACAAAUAUUAUUAUUCUAAGUAUUCAGAACUAGAAGAAUGAGGAGAAAAAUGAAAGGAAGGAUUUCAAGAAUUGGAAGUUAUGCAAUAGCUUCUUCAAUCAGAGACCACAAUCAACAUCAACAGCCAUGCAUUACUUGUACUACGUUCAACAUUCUUGCUCCUAUUUACAAGCGUCUCUCCAAUGAGGAUCCAAGUUGCCGUGAAAGUGACUAUAGGGGAUAUUGGUUGGCCAGGAAUCAAAGAAUUUUGGACGUCUUGUUAUAUGAAAGAUCUUCCAUUAUUUGUCUUCAGGAGUUUUGGGUGGGAAAUGAAGAGCUUGUUAAUAUUUAUGAGAAGAGAUUAGGGGAUGCUGGCUACCUCCAUUUCAAAUUGGGCCGAACCAACAAUCGCGGUGAUGGUCUGCUGACUGCUGUGCACAAGGACUACUUCAGAAUUAUCAACUAUAGGCAAUUGCUUUUUAAUGAUUGUGGAGAUCGUGUUGCUCAGUUGUUACAUGUUGAAUUAGUAGCCCCCUUUUCACAGUGUCGAAGUGGCGAUGUUCGGCAAGAACUUCUUAUUGUGAAUACCCACUUGUUAUUUCCUCAUGAUUCUAGUCUCUGUAUAGUACGAUUGCAUCAGGUAUACAAAAUUCUGCGACAUGUGGAAUCAUAUCAGAAAGAGUACAAUCUUAAUCCCAUUCCCAUCAUUCUAUGCGGUGAUUGGAAUGGCAGCAAACGUGGGCAUGUUUACAAGUUCCUCAGAUCCCAGGGUUUUGUAUCAUCGUAUGAUACUGCUCACCAGUACACAGAUGCAGAUGCACAUAAGUGGGUUAGCCACCUCAAUCAUCGGGGCAACAUAUGUGGUGUGGAUUUUAUAUGGCUUCUUAAUCCCAACAAAUACCGUAAAUUACUAAAAACAAGCUGGAGUGAAGCAGUAUUUGGCAUGUUUAAGUAUCUACUUCGGAAAGCUUCUCUUACAGAAGAUGAUGCAUUUGCCUUUUUAAAGGCUGAUAAUGAUGGUGACUACAUUACCUGCUCAGGUUUCUGUGAAGUUCUUCAACAGCUUAAUUUAACUGGCCAUUGCCAUGGUCUCACUGUAGAAGAGACUAAGGAUUUGUGGGUCCAAGCAGACAUCGAUGGAAACGGUGUUGUUGAUUAUAAAGAAUUUAAGCAACGGAUUUGGAAUCCUACAUCAUCAGAUCAAGGAGAUGAAAUUGGUAGUGAAGUCAGAGAAGGUGUUGUAAAGGGUAAUCAGGAGCAAACAAUUGGUUUUAGCGUGAAGAAUGCAGUUCUCUUCCCUCCUGAAGUGGAGAAAGGAAGAUGGCCUGAAAAUUAUUCUCUUUCUGAUCAUGCUCGACUCACUGUAGUGUUCUCCCCAAUAAGAAUGCCCUGUUCUCGGUUAUCCUGAUGAACCUCAUACAGAUCACAACUUUGGUUGGACUUUUCACAGAAAGCACAGAUGUACAAAUUAAACAAGUAGAAAGCCAUGAAAGGUUUGUGCAGUGGAUCCUUAAACGGCCAUUGGAUUCUUCCUUGGAGGCCUAAGUAUUCGACUAUCUGAGCAAUGCUUAACAAUUCUGUCAUCACACCAAUUUGCAAAGGUUGUUCAAUCAUCCAAAGGUAUUUCAGACUAGUCAUCACAUAUUGCUCUCCUCUUUUUGUUAGAGCUCUGGUUCAUUUUGCAGGUUAAACAUGGAAAAAGAAGGAAAUGGGAUAAUGGUGCAUGGUCAGACUAGUCAUUGCCUUGAGAAUUAACACGAGUUUUGUUAUAGCAAGUGGGAUAUUGAUGAAGAAAAUUUUUUAGUGUACAGAUCAUGUAAAAUUUAUAUAUUCAUUAGCUUGUUACUAUUACAUAAUGUGCAGCUCAGUUUUCAUGCUGACUUUCACAUGUUAUGAGAAUUGAAAUUGCUAUUGAAGCCUUUUAAAA